CGACCAUAUUUUCACGACACAAAACAGUCUUGUUUUCUACACCUUGGACUCUUAUCAUCUAUUCCUUGUACUGAAAAGAUGACCUUGAGUAUGAGAAAGAAUUUGCUAACAAUUUUUCUGGUCUGCCUUCUCGCCGAAGCCUUACCAAAAUCAGUUGUGGGUCAGAAUUGUGGCUGUGCUGCGGACCUAUGUUGUAGCCAGUAUGGUUAUUGUGGUAGCGGCAAUGAAUACUGUGGCCCAGGGUGCCAGGCAGGCCCUUGUUUCUCACCACCAAGCAGUAACGGUGGUUCAGUUGCAGAUAUUGUGACAGACGCAUUCUUCAAUGGGAUUGCUGAUCAAGCUGGCGCCGGUUGCGCCGGGAAGGGGUUUUAUACCCGAGCUGCAUUUCUUGAAGCCCUCAGUUUAUAUUCUCAAUUUGGUAGUGUGGGUUCUGCUGAUGAUUCUAAGCGGGAGAUUGCCGCUUUCUUUGCUCAUGCAACUCAUGAGACUGGCCGCUUUUGCUAUACAGAAGAGAUAGAUGGUUCUUCAAAGGAUUACUGCGACGAGAAUAAUACAGAGUAUCCCUGUGCACCGAACAAAGGUUACUAUGGCCGAGGUCCUCUUCAGCUAUCAUGGAAUUACAACUACGGUCCAGCCGGAGCAAGCAUUGGCUUCGAUGGACUAAACAAUCCGGAGACUGUGGCCACAGACAGAGUCGUGUCCUUCAAGGCCGCCCUGUGGUAUUGGAUGAACGCCGUUCACUCUGUCAUAACUUCCGGCCAAGGGUUCGGGGCAACCAUUCGAGCCAUUAACGGUCAACUCGAAUGUAAUGGCGCAAAUACUAAUGCCGUUAAUGCCCGUGUUGCGUAUUACACAGACUAUUGCAAUCAACUUGGUGUUUCCCCCGGGGAUAAUCUGACAUGUUAGGGCAUGAAUUUCCCUUUCACUUUAAAUUUGGUUUUCUCAAAUAAGUUUCCUUUUUGGUUGGCUUUUCUGUCCAAUCACAUGAUUUGGAAGAAAUAAAGAAUAACAAGGAGUAAGAACUUUAUUUUGCUCUCUUGAUUACUUACGGUGGAUUCCGUUAGAAUACCAAAAUCCAUUUUUCAUCAAAAAAGUGGAUCACGUAUAAAAUUUUCUUAUUUUAUUAUUUUACCAUGUACCCAUGAUUGCAAAUUAUUCAAACCAAAAUCAGUAGUUCCAAAUUAAUUUUGGCAUGGUAGCUCUGUAAUUC